AUGAGUACAUUUGAAGAGGGUCCUGAGCCAGUAACAGUCGAGAUUGUAAGCUCUGUCUUACUUACUGAGGACACAGAUGGGAACAUCAUUCUUUGCCUUCAGAAUGAACCUGAAGAAAUGGAAAACCCUACUGACCCUCCAAAUAAGAGGCCUUGUUUGUCCUCAGAAGGUGAUGAGACUUAUUACAUGCAACCUGUUGCAUUCCCACUACCAGAAAUGGAACAGAGAUUUGAGUUGGACACAACCACAGCCACAGAGGAGGCAGAUGAAGAGAUUACUGAAGGAACUAUGAUGCAGUUACAUAUUUUACAGGAUGACAAUCCAGAUGAAGGAGUUCCCCUGGCUAAUAAGGAAGAGUCAAUCAUUAACAAAGCAUGGUUCACAUGUAAAAGAGUUAAAGAGAAUCUAGUCAAACAAGGACAUACAUGGAAGCAGGGGAUGUGGUCCAAGGAAGAAACAGAUAUUUUGAUGAGCAACAUUGAACGUUACAUGCAGGAACAUGGAGUAGAGAAUGCUGCAGAAAUUAUUUUUAAGAUGUCAAAAGGUAAACGCAAAGAUUUCUACAGAUCUAUAUCUUUGGGUCUGAAUCGGCCUUUGUUUUCAGUUUAUAGAAGAGUGGUACGAAUGUACGAUGACAGAAACCAUGUGGGAAAGUACACGCCUGAAGAAAUUGAGAAGCUCAAGGAGCUCUGGCAGCAGCAUGGCAAUGACUGGAUAAAAAUAGGUGCCGCCAUGGGAAGAAGUCCAUCUUCUGUGAAAGACCGAUGCCGACUGAUGAAACAUCCUUGCAAUGCGGGAAAAUGGAGUGAAGAAGAAGAACAGAUUCUUGCAGAUGUGGUUCAUGAAUUGACAUCCACUGCUGUGGGCGAUAAAGUCACACAGGGUGUGUGUUGGGCAUCUGUGGCUCAACGAGUAGGUACUCGCUCAGCAAAGCAGUGUCGUGCCAAAUGGCUCAACUACCUGAACUGGAAACAGACUGGAGGCAUUGCAUGGAGCAGGAAAGAUGAAAUCACUCUCAUCCACAGAGUAGCAGAACUUGAUGUAGCUGAUGAAAGUGAAAUUCAAUGGGAUACCUUAGCUAAAGGAUGGGAAAGUGUUCGGUCACCACAAUGGCUGCGAAGUAAAUGGUGGACCAUGAAAAGGCAAAUUACAAACCAUAAGGACAUUACAUUCCCAGUUUUAAUACAAUGUCUUCAACAAUUAUAUGAGAACCAAAAUGCCAGCCUCAUGUUUUGGGAGAAUCAAUCAGAAUCUGAAGUGUCUGAUAGCAACCCUGAUAACAGUGUUCAACAAGUCCCCUUCGUAGUCGCGGGUGAAGAAGAUGAUAAUGCAUCAAUCUGUGCAGUCCCGGUGACAGGAUUACAAAUUACACUCGAGGUCGUACCUGCCUCCUCAUCAGACUACCAGACAACUAUCGUUAACGCUGAAACAAUAACUCUGCCCAGUGACUCACAAUAG